GCACAAUCGGCCAUCACUAAUUAAGAAAAAUUGUAAACAACGACGUGGACGUAAUAAAUUUAAUUAGAAUUUCGCCCCAAAGAUGCUGAGAUUUGUGGUAUUUCUUGUGCUGGCCGUAACCUGCCAGCAAAUCCAUGCAGAAUUGACGGCCGCCGACUGCCGGGAAUUGGGUUUCAUAAAAGCACAGUUAAUGUGCUCCAGUUGUGACAAAUUGGAUGAUUUUGGAUUGGAAACAAUCAAACCCCAUUGCAAACAAUGCUGUACCUUGGAUCAGCAGCCGGCGGCCCAGCGAACUUAUGCCAAGGCCAUUUUGGAGGUGUGCACCUGCAAAUUCCGUGCCUAUCCACAGAUUCAGGCUUUCAUUCAAAGCGGCCGGCCCGCCAAGUUCCCCAAUCUGCAGAUUAAAUAUGUGAGGGGCUUAGAUCCCGUGGUCAAGUUGUUGGAUGCCAGCGGUAAGGUUCAGGAGACGCUGUCUAUCACAAAGUGGAAUACAGACACCGUCGAGGAGUUCUUCGAGACGCAUCUGGCCAAGGAUGGCGUGGGCAAGAGUUCCUAUAGCGUUGUCGAGGAUGCCGAAGGCGAUGAGGAGGAGGAUUAUCUGCGUACUAAUAGGAUCUGAAAUUAUCAUGCCCGAAAUGAAGAGUAGAUUAAUAAAAGCAGUAGAAGUUAUAAAGGUAA